GCCGUUGUGGCAGUGAAUUUCCGUUAAUCGUGAAUAUUUCCUUCGUCCAAAGUCGCGGGAUAAUAAAUCCUCGUGAUGGUGACCUGAUGCCAAUCUUAGCGCGCUAAUUAAAAACUCCAGCUAGGGCUCUCUUUUAACCUGAAAGUUUUUCUACAUUCCCAUCAAUGGAAUCGCACUGUGCAUGACUGUCAUGGCGCCAUUACGCGAUGUGUAUCAGCAUCGCUAGCUGUAGCCGCUGAAGUGGCUGCACAGACACUGGUUAUUGGGGGGUGGUACCUUCUCAUUUGCCAGUCUUCCGUUUAACCACACAGAUCGUGCACCACAGUCCACAGACCAAAGAAAGAAAGAAAACCACUCGUCCUAUAGCGCCCGAUCCCCACAUAUAUAUGCAUCCCCAUCCACUCUCCUCCGACAAAUGAAGCUCUCAUCACAUCUACCGAGCUCCAAAAUCCGCUCGCAUCACUACAUUGUUGCAUCCCUGAAGGUCACCUGAUUGAUCUCCUCUUCCUCCAGUUAACACAGAUGCUGUCCUCUCACUGUGACAACAUGCUGCCCUACGCGGCCGGGCUGCAGGUGGUGCUGCUCGACCACCGGCGGUACCGGCCGAACGUCGAGGUGGCGCCCAACUGCCCGCGCUGCUACUCGCCCAACACCAAGUUCUGCUACUACAACAACUACAGCCUCAGCCAGCCCCGUUACUUCUGCAAGAGCUGCCGCCGGUACUGGACCAAAGGCGGCUCCCUCCGGAACGUGCCUGUCGGCGGCGGGUGCCGGAAGAACCGUCGGGGCAAGUCGGUGCGGGCCAUGGCCGUCGACACGGUCGUGGCAGGUGGUGGCGCAGCGUUCUCGCAGCGGUUCCCCGGCACGCUGCGGCCGGAUCUGCUCCUUGAAGGUAUGGUCGGCAGCCCGGCCGACCCGUGCCAGCCGAUGUCCGCCGACAAGCCGGCCGUGGCCGAGGGGGCGACGAUCGACCUGGCAUCGCUGUACGCCAAGUUCUUGAACCAUCAGCCGGCGGUCGAGAGGUGCGCUGUCGUGCCUGACUCGGUCGACGCCCUGAGCGGGUCAAGUGACAUGAGCCCAAACGCGCUACCGCUGGAUCAGCUCUUUACGAGCCCAGAUGGGUUCGGCGAGCUGUCCGGGCCGGCGACCACAGAGGCCGGCGCAACCACGCUGCAGUGCGCUGACGCGCGCGCGGAGGCGCUUGGGGAGCUUAGCUUCAGCGUGUACCAGAGCUGCUACGCUUCGCUGGGGUUGCCAACGGACGGUGGCGAUCUGAUCCUGCCGUCGACGUGGCAUCAAGAGGCCAAGUACGAGCCGUUCGAUUUGCUGCCCGAAGAUGACAUAAGCCUCCACGACGGCAUCACCGGCGGUGACGAUGCGUGGAGCAACGCGUUGGCCUGUCAAGGACUGGAAGCAGCUCUCUGCAGACCUUAAUUUUAACUCCUCUGUUAAUUGUUAUCGCUCUUGUGAUUGUUUCAUGCAUUCUUUUUUUCUUCUCUGGUUUUAAUCAUGUCCAGGAGUAUUUUAUAUAGAUCAUACAUGAAACAUGCGGCAUCAUGCAUCUGAAGGGGUCAUGGGGGUACACAUGCGAGAUAGAAAGAAUGUAAUAAAAUUCGAUACUUUGUUUGGUACUGUGUAACAAAAUGUUCUCCCUUUUCUGAACUAGAAUCUGAUCAAUUAUUCAUAGUUCA